AUGAAACCAUUCACCUGUGUUGUGGCUCUCCUUGCCCUCUUGGCCUGUGUCCAAGGCCAUAAUGUCCAAAAACGUUCCAUAAGCGAAUUGCAAGGUUUGAUUAGCUCCAAACUUGGUGGUUUGCUCGGUGGACGUUCCGGUGGCUCUGUCUCAGCUGGCGGUUAUUCUGGUGGUCGUGGUGGUGGUUAUUCCGGAGGACAAGGCGGUUACAACGCUGGUGGAUAUUCCGGAGGUUAUGGCGGUGGCUCAUCUGCUGGCGCUUCCAAAGUUAUUGUUGUCCAAGUACAAAAUCAGGGAGGUUAUGGUGGCGCCCAAUCUGGUGGUUAUACCGGUGGUUACAGCGGUGGUUACAACGGUGGUUACAACGGUGGUUACAACGGUGGUUAUAGCGGCGGUUAUAACGGUGGUGCAUCUGCUGGCGCUACUAAAUAUGUUGUUGUACAAAAUGCCGGCGGCUACAGUGGCGCCCAAUCUGGUGGCUUUAGCCAAGGUGGUUAUGGUGGCGUCCAAUCUGGCGGCUGGAGCCAAGGUGGUUCCACUGGUGGUUAUAACGGUGGUUCAUCUGCCGGCGUUACUAAAUAUGUUGUUGUACAAAGUGCCGGUGCCCAAUCUGGUGGCUAUAGCCAAGGUGGUUAUGGUGGCGCCCAAUCUGGUGGCUGGAGCCAAGGUGGAUCCGGUGGCUGGUAA